AUGGACGCGAUAGGCGCUCCGCCCGAUGCUCAGGCUCGUCCCGAGGACAACGAUGAUACUGCCGGCGGGGAGGUGCUCGCAUCGGGCCACGACUACGACUAUCAUCACCCACAACCUCCUGCCGUGCGCCUCGAGGGUCACCAGGAUGGCAUACCUGUCCUCGCCGCCUGGCAGCGCUGCUCAACAACAUCGCAUACGGCCUCAAAGAGAAAGAGGAUCAAGCUCGACGAUCCUAGCCGCGAGAGCAUGCGGUCCGAAGACCAACGACGGGGCGGGCCGCAGGAGUCCCGCGACUUCUACCGGAGGGCGACGUGGUCUCCAGAUGGCACCGUGCUACUGGCCCAGAGCGAGUCGCAUCGGCUGAGCGUGUUCAGGCUGGAGGACGCUGUACCCUCGCCGGAGCACCAUACCACCGCAGAGGCGGCAUGGUCCGACGGAAGGCCCGCACGCCUACAUUUGAACAGGGAGACCGUGGUUCGCUCUCCUACGCCCGUCCUGGACGCGAUAUGGUAUCCGUUGCCUGCCUACGCGCCGGUCGAUGCCGCGAGCGGUGUCGAAGAGGACAAGACGUCGGGAGAGGGUCGAGAGGGCAUGGACCAACACGGUCAGGACUACCGGAUCUCGUGGUGCUUUGCGCACAGCUGCCGCGACAUGCCCACGAGGCUCGUCGAUGGCACCGAUGGCUCCAUAAGAGCCUCUUACGGCAUGAUGAACCAGGUCGAGAGAUUCGUGGGCCCGCACAGCCUCGCCUUCAGCCCGGACCACGGCCGCCUCUACUGCGGAGACUGGUCGCAGAUCUCGGUGAUUUCGCUGGCUUCGCCUGGCCUCAACACACACUCGCGCUUCCCCCUGGUCCAAAGCCGGUCCGCCUCGACGGCUGCAGGCGAAGGCCAGCGUGGCCACGUCUCCGCACUCGCCGUCGUACCGUACCAGCACGACGAAGCCAACGAAGGCUACCCGCAGGCCAGUCGGCGCGAUCUGCUGGCCUGUGGGACGUUUGCCGGUACGGUCGGCCUCUAUGUUAUCGAUCCGGCCCGGCUGCCGCCCCCGCAGCCCUUCAACGCCCCGCUGCGGAACAGCUUGCGCCACCUGACGGCUGCAUCCGCAUGCCUGGCAGGCUGGCAGGAGCGUGACGGCGACGGCAUCCACCAGCUCGCCUUCCACCCGCUCUCGCCGCACAUCCUCUUUGUCUCUUCCCGCAGGUCAGAGUCGAUCAGGGUCUACGACACGCGCUGCCUCGUCGGAGAUCCGAACCGCCUCAGUUUCCCUCCUCUCGACGCCGGCACGCACCGAGCCAAGGCGGACAAUGCAGUCGGCGAGGACAGGCACGCAGCGCUGCUGGCCACGCUGCCGAGGCCCACUGCCAGCAGCCAGCAGAGGUUCUGGUUCGACAUUGACUGGGCGGGCCGGAUGCUGGCGGCCGGCGACGCCAAAGGCUGCAUCUCGAUAUGGCGAAUAGACCGUGGGAGAUUUGUUGACGGGACAGAGGAGGACCUCGACGCCGCUGCGGUCCGCAUCGAGCCUGUGUUGAAGUGGAAGGCGCAUCAAGCUGAUGGGCAACGUGGCGGUUCGCGCUCCUCUAAUGCACGCCGAUCGCGCAGCAGCGGCAGCAGUGGUAGCAGCAGCAGCGACGGGUCCGGCGAGGAAGGACCAGGGUCCGACGCUGAGCACAAGGGCUCCUGGUACGCGACGGAUGAUACCCUGAAGGUGUGGGACCUCGGCUGA